AUGCCUCAAACCACGUCCAAGUCUACAGAAGAAUUUAUCAGCAGUGAUCUUCAGGAUACUAUACGCACCGUCUACGGAGACAAUCAUCAAGGUAAUUCCGUGGAAAACCGGCGACAACGCCUUUUGCUCGAGGGGUCGAAACUUCUUCAUGCCUUUAGACAAAUCCAAUCGAUGGUUAACACGCUCUCCCCGAUCGCGGUUCUGCCUCGCGAAGCUCUGGAACACGUUUUCCUCCAUUAUGUUGCCGACGCAGCGAACAUCACAAAUUUACCGAUCUCGACCACUUCUAUUCUCGAUGUAGAGGACGUGAAGAUGCGCGCUCGCCAAGCUCGCGCGGCCGUUACACUCUCUGGAGUGUGUCGAUAUUGGCGCGACGUCGUCCUCGACUGUUCCAUUCUCUGGGCGAAUGUGGUUAUAAAUCAUAAUCUUAUGUGGGUAGAACUCCAGGUCAAGCGCACAAAGCAAGCACCCUUCACUGUCACGUUGCCGGAUUACUCUUAG